GACCAAGACCAGGACCAGGACCAGGACCAGGACCAGAAACGUUAUGAUUUCGGCCGACUUCGUUUCCUUGGUGUUUUAGGAAGGUUGUGAGUCCGGACCCCAAACCCCGUUUCCAUGGAGAUGUGGAUGGACCGUUGUCAUGGAAACGGGCAGCUGGGUUCAGCUGAGGGCCGCACUGAUCCUUUCAGAUCUGGAACUUUCCAGGCUUUCAGAAACGGUCCGUGACGAGUCGCUGACCUCAGACUGACUUCACUCCUUCAGAUCGGCUGGACUGUGACCAACUAAAAAUCACGUUACGAUGGAAAAUCACCCGCGAAAACCAAGGAGUCAUGUUAGACUGACGGAUCUUCACUGCGGGACAAAACAGGAAGUUCCCCUCUAAAGUGGGAACUUCCCACUUUUCUCAUCCUGAAAUCAGCUGUGAUGAUGGAAAAUGUAAAAAUGGGAUCAAGAGAAGGAUUUCUGCUCGCGCGCCCUCCCUGAUCAACACCAUUCAUCAUAACCCGUCACGUGACGGUGUUCCGCGUUUCACUUUUUUUGCUCCCAGUGAAGAAGAAAACCCGGAAGUGGCUGCAGAACCGGACGGCUGAGGAGGCUAAUCAGCUCAGACUAGCGUCCCACUAACCGGCUAACCAGCGGGUUAAGCUAACCAGCGGCUUGACCACGAAGCCCGGAGUCCAGGUUGAAGAUGACGACUGCACCGUAUAACUACUCCUACAUCUUCAAGUACAUCAUCAUCGGUGAUAUGGGCGUGGGGAAGUCGUGUCUGCUUCAUCAGUUCACAGAGAAGAAAUUCAUGGCGGACUGUCCCCACACCAUCGGGGUGGAGUUCGGGACCAGGAUCAUGGAGGUCCACGGCCAGAAGGUCAAGCUGCAGAUCUGGGACACGGCGGGACAGGAGCGCUUCCGGGCCGUGACCCGGUCCUACUACCGGGGGGCGGCGGGGGCCCUGAUGGUCUACGACAUCACCAGGAGGAGCACCUACAACCACCUGAGCAGCUGGCUGACCGACGCCCGGAACCUCACCAACCCCAACACCGUCAUCAUCCUGAUCGGGAACAAGGCGGACCUGGAGGCCCAGAGAGACGUGACGUACGAGGAGGCCAAGCAGUUCGCCGAGGAGAACGGGCUGCUGUUCCUGGAGGCCAGCGCCAAGACAGGGGAGAACGUGGAGGAGGCCUUCCUGGAGGCGGCCAAGCGGAUCUACCAGAACAUCCAGGACGGCAGUCUGGACCUGAACGCCGCCGAGUCCGGGGUCCAGCACAAACCGGCGGCGCCCGGAACCCGGCUCGGCGCCGAGAACCCGCCGGCCAAGGAGGGCUGCGGCUGCUGAGGUUCCGCCGGGAGAACCCGGAUCAGCAGCGGCACCAAUCCCACCCCAGAACCGGACCACACCGCCUCAUCCAGUCACCAGAACCAGGACCAGAACGCUCUGACCCCAGCCGGGACACGUUCUGCCACCAGAACCACAAGGUUCUGUUCAGCAGGACCGGAUCAGAACCGCUCCACAAGCAAAACUCUCUACUGCCCAACCGGAGAACCCCGACCUGGAGGGUCUGGACCCGGUUCCCCGGUCCUCAGUUCAAUUCCAGACUGGGACGGUCCAGUCCUCGGUCCGCCCGGACCUCAGCGGUUCUCCUGCCUGAAGGAUGUGCAGCAGGAACCGCCAGACCGGGACCAGGGUCCAGUUCGAAACCCCAUCCUUUAACCCCUCAACACCACGGCCUCUCCCGGUACCGGGUCUGAACCGUCCCGGGUCUGAACUGUUCUGGCACCAGGUCUGAAAUGUCCCGGGUCUGGACCGUCCCGGUACCAGGACCAGGUCUGAGGUUCUGAACCGUCCCGUUUCAGUCCAGAAACGCAGAAGUGGUGAGAAAGAGCUAGAACUUUCACGGUUCCUGGUUCUGUUCUGGUGUCUGGUUGGACGGAGACAUUCUCAGAAACCACAGAGUGGAACCGGGCCGGCGGUUCCCUGGACCGACAUCCUCCCGUCAGCCACGUUCCUCCGGCCUGGAUCGGCUCCAGAACCUCGACCCGGUCCGGUUCUGGAGGACCAUCAGGUUUCUUGUGGUACAGAUCUGAAGGUUCUGCGCUGCAGCACAUCCAGAACUCCGUCCAGGUCGGGUUCCACAGCGGAGCAGAACCGACAGGCACAACGUGUCCCCCCGUCCUCUGAUUGGUGGACAGCAGCCGUCCUGUCCUCUGAUUGGUGGGUGUGUUCUUCCUGUUCUCUGAUUGGUGGGCGUGUCCUUCCUGCCCUCUGAUUGGUGGGCGUGUCCCUCCUGUUCUCUGAUUGGUGGAUGUGUCCUUCCUGUCCUCUGAUUGGUGGGCGUGUCCCUCCUGUCCUCUGAUUGGUGGGCGUGUCCUUCCUGCCCUCUGAUUGGUGGACAGCAGCCUUCUUCAGACCCUCCACAAUAAAAGUUCUUCGGUGGUUCGAUUCUCUAAAAACAAAAACAAAACUCAGAAUAUCUUUUUUGUUUUUUCGAUCUUUUAAUGAAACGAUGGAACAUCUGGCUUCUCUUUCGAUGCUGAUCACAAUCAUUCAUCUAAUGGUUCUCAGCCUGGGCCCCGGACCCUCCGUUGGGCCACUGGAGGUGACGGGGGGGUCGGGGCUGCGCCAGUCUGGGACUCCUCCUCUCCGAACGAAAUGCUUCCCACACGUCCCUGCUGCACCGCGGUGUUCGCGUUCUCCGAGGAACCGGGUCACAUGACCGAGGUCAUGAACCACGGCGCGACUUUUAUUCUGAAAGGGUGUCGGGACCAAAGAUGGACGGAACGCAGCGAAGGUCUCCGUCUGAAGCCAAAGUUCCCCCAGCAGAACGUGUUCCCCGCUCUCUGAGGUACGCCUGGCCUGAAGGGGGCGCCGUCCUGCUGGCUGAGGCCCCGUUGCCAUGGCAAUGUUUUCCAGCGGUGGUUGUUGUGUCUCCAUGGAAACAGCUGUUCUGCACAUGCUCAGUAGACGGACGGCGAGAAGCUUCUGGAAAGGCUCCGUCAGCAGAAGCGGCGAAGAACACGUUCCGCGUGCGACAUGCUAACUACACAGUUUCCAGGUUGUUUCCAAACAGUCGCCGUGGAAACGUGAAGCUGAAGACUCUGUGCCCAAAAAGAAACGCUGUUUUUCUAAUCCUCUCGUUCGUCUUGUUUUUUUCUGUUUUGUUUUCACUGUACUGUAAAUAAAGUUUAAAUCCUGUACAUACGCUGA